AUGAGUAGUGAAGUCCCCAAUUACUUCUUAAAAUUCACUCUAACUGGUCAUACAAAAGCGGUCUCAUCAGUAAAAUUUAGUGAAAAUGGUCAGUGGUUGGCCAGUUCAUCAGCUGACAAAUUAAUCAAAGUAUGGAAUGCUUAUGACGGGAAAUUUGAAAAAUCUAUCAGCGGUCAUAAACUGGGAAUCUCAGAUGUUUCAUGGUCUUACGACUCAAGAUUUCUGUGUAGUUCCUCCGAUGACAAAACUUUAAAACUGUGGGAUCUCGUCUCUGGCAAGUGCCUGAAAACUCUUAAAGGUCACAGCAACUAUGUUUUUUGCUGCAAUUUUAAUCCACAGUCAAACCUGAUAGUUUCCGGCUCGUUUGAUGAAAGUGUCAAGUUAUGGGAUGUGAAAACAGGCCGGUGUAUCCGCACGCUUCCUGCCCACUCCGAUCCUGUUACAGCUGUUAAUUUCAAUCGUGAUGGUUCACUUAUUGCUUCCAGCAGUUAUGAUGGACUAUGGUAUGUGUCGAAUCUGGAUACCGGUUCUGGUCAGUGUUUAAAAACAUUAAUAGAUGAUGAUAACCCUCCUGUUUCAUUUGUUAAAUUCUCGCCUAAUGGCAAAUAUAUUCUAGCUGCUACACUCGAUAGUUGUCUCAAAUUAUGGGAUUACACUAAGGGUAGAUGCUUGAAAAUUUAUGGAGGGCACAAAAAUGAGAAGUAUUGUAUAUUUGCAAAUUUUUCAGUUACCGGAGGCAAAUGGAUUGUCUCGGGGUCUGAAGACAACUGUAUUUAUUUAUGGAAUUUGCAAACAAAGGAAAUAGUACAAAAACUUUCUGGUCAUAAUGAUGUUGUUUUGUGUACUGCUUGUCAUCCUCAAAUGAACAUGAUUGCUUCAGGAUCGUUAGAGGGCGAUAAAACAAUUAAAAUUUGGACUAGUGAUAAGUGA